CCCUCCUCUCCCCCUCCCCCCUUAGGCGCUAUACAGUAUUCGAAACGCUGAGAAUUGCGCUCUGUUACGGAUCGAGUCCGUAUCUAUUUUUUAAAUCGCUUAAAGGAGGCUAAGUCGAUCGGAAAAUGCCUCACAAUUUCAAAGCAGGAGAUUUGGUUUUCGCUAAAAUGAAGGGUUAUCCUCACUGGCCGGCCCGGAUCGAUGACGUUGCUGAGGGAGCAGUGAAACCACCAUCAAAUAAAUACCCGAUUUUCUUCUAUGGUACUCAUGAAACAGCAUUUUUGGGUCCAAAAGAUAUUUUCCUUUUUGAAAAAUACAAAGACAAAUACGGAAAGCCAAACAAAAGGAAAGGAUUCAAUGAAGGAUUGUGGGAAAUACAAAACAACCCAAACGUCAGUUUUACUGCACCACUGCCAUCAAGCUCAUCUGACAGUGAAGUUCCAGAAAAUGAAGCACUCCCAGGGAGUGGUGUAGAAGAGGACAAACAAGUGAGUGAUGAGGAAUCUGACAAAGACAGCAUUGAACAGAGUGGCAUCAAGAGGAAACCUGUCCUUCCAAAGCGACCUGCUCCAAAACGUGCUCGCAAAUCGAGUGAUGAAGAGGAAGAGGAAAGUGGUUCCAACUCGCUUGAGGAGAAUUCUGAAGCAAGUUCCUCAGAAUCUGAGAAAAACAGUGACCAAGAAUUCACACUAGAAAAGAAAGUUACUUCUAGAACACCUCGGCGCGGUCCUGCAGCUGGAAGAAAGAAAAAGAAGUAUGAUUCUGAGGAGGAACAGGAGAAUAACGAGGAUGAAGAGAAAGAGAAGAAGCAUAUAGAAAUGAAGGAAGAUGAUGACGAUGAUGACUACAAGAAAGAAUCUGACUCUGACGACUCCAUAAAGAAACCUGUUAGAGGUAGAAAACCAGCAGCUCAAAAGAAGACUCCUAAACCAAGAGGAAGGAAGCCGAAAGUUGAGAGGUUACCCUCUGUCUCCAGCAGCCUCAGCAGUGACAGCGAUUCUGAAGAUAAGAUCAGUGACUGGAAAAAGCGAGAUGAAGAACGAAAGAGAGAGAUAGAGGAAAGGAGAAGGAAACAGCAGGAGGAAGAGCUACGAAAAUUAAGAGAAAAGGAAAGGGAAGAGGAAGAAGAAGAGAAGAGGAAACGGAAAGAAGAAAAAGAAAAAGAGGAUGAUCAGGACAAGUUAGUUGAUGAAAUAGAUGAAGUAAAGAAAGAACCAUCAAAGAAAGUCAAGAAAGUUCGGGCUAAGUCAAAAUACUCCUCUGAUUCGGACUCUGCAGUGGAAAAGGAGGUGAAAAAAAAGCCAAAGAAACCACAUUCUGAACCCACAAAUAAACAGAAAAAAGAAAGAGAGCCUAAAGAAAGAAAACGUAAGCAGGAAGAUCGACACAAAGAAAGGGCAGCCAAAGCAGAAAAAGAAAAAAAGAAAGAAGAGAAACUGCAAGUUAAAAAAAUAGAAAAGAAAAAAGAAUUGACCGCAGAACAGAAGCUUCAGAAAAUACAUACUGACAUUAAGCAUGCUCUAAAGGUUGACAGUCCUGACGUAAAGAAGUGCGUGGAGGCACUCGAAGAACUACGAACAUUACAAGUCACAACACAGCUCUUGCAGAAGCAUAGUGAUUUGGUUGCAACACUAAAAAAGAUACGUCGCUAUAAAGCCAGCCAGGAAGUCAUGACAAAAGCUGGGGAGAUCUACAGUCAUUUAAAGUCCAUGUUUAUGGGAGGAGAUGAUUCUAGCAACAAUACAUUGAAAAAGAAUCCCUCUGAACUAGAGCAGCAGAAAGAUAAAACCAAAGAAGAGGAGAAAGAAGCUGAAAAUAACACAGCAAAGAAGCAAGACUCGGAUUUUGCAGUAAAUGGAGAGACGGUGUCUGUGAAGAAUGAGACUCUCCCGGAAAAUCAAGAACAAGAUCGACCACAGACAGAAGAAGGGAAUGAUACUGAGGACAUGUUGAUUGGCAAAAAAAAUAGUGCUCCAGAUUUAUUAGAAGUGCUUCCGUCAGAUGGUAAACACACCAGUGGCACAGAACCAGUCACAAUGGAGAUGGAGUCAGCCAUCAAGAGUUGAACCUUUGAAUCCAAAUCAACUGUGGGACACGUUUCAAGAUCUGGGUUACUUUCAAAUAAGAACAUUUUGUCACUUGAAUUGUCCUAGAAUCUAGUAAAGACUGUUUGGUUUUGUUGUCUGCCCAUACAAAGAAGCUGAAAGAGGUUACUUGUUGCGCAGAGCUCUGUUUUUCUUCAUUUUGUUGAAAAGAGAACAAAGAUAUUUGUCAGCACAAUUAAGAUCUUUUUUUCAUAACCUUAAGAAGGAGGAAGUGAAUGUGAUGCAAGUACAAAAAUGGCUGCUUUUAAUGGAUGAAAGGUAUUGAUGGGAAAUUCCUUGGAUGUUCUUCUGAUCAGCAGAAAUCCUGGAUAAAUGUGUAAGCAGGGUUCCUGCUGAAGUUCUGGCAGCCAAUCUGGAAAACACCUGAGGAAAUCAUGAUGCACGCUUUACUUAAUUCUAUAGACUUGAACGUAUUUGUUCUCUGACUUCACUUGAAAUUAUUUGUUUGAACAUUUUGUCAGUUGAAGUAUGUUCUUCAUGAUGGCUUGGCUCACAGAGUUGGUCAUUUUUUUUUCAAAACCUCUUCCAGCUACAAUGGACCAUUACACAUUUCCCCCAAAAUGACUAAUUUCUCAGUCCAUAUAUAACUUAAAGGAAAAAAAAAACCUAUGUAGACCUUUCAGUUUUAUGUCAUUGUAAAAUACAGCUUUGUAACCAAUUAUUAAAGUUUGACCUUGUGGGAGUUUGUACGUGAUGUUGACACUGAUGUAGUGAAGUUUUUUUAAAGCUGCUUUGUAUGGAGAGUAGGGUAGAAGAGAGUGACAUUGCAGGGGAGACCCAUACAUGGGUAUUAACCCCUUGAAUUUGUUCCUCUCAUGCCUUCCAAACCCCAAAAAUGCCAUUCUAUUUGUUCUUCCUUUUAUUCUUAAUAAAGUGAAGUCUUGCCAACUCUUAUAAUUUCAUAAGACCUCAAAACUGUGGAACAACUUAUUUCUUUGUCUUCCGUUUCUCCCGUAGCUUGGAAAGCCAGUAGGUUGAGUUCUGGGUUCACCUAAUGUCUUCUGUUUCUUCAUUAACCUAAACAUUUUUUCAUCUUAACUGUGGUGGUCUGCACUGUAAGACAUGAUCUUUGGCUUUUGUUUAUUAAUUUAAAGGAAAAUAAAUCCUAUUGUAAAAGACCACCAAGGAUAAAUGGCCUUUAGCAGGUUAAUUCAAAAAGUUUUAAAAUGCAAACUUUUAUAUAAAAAAAUUGUGUGGUGUUUUCUUUUCUAGUCAAAUUUAUUGAAAUGGGAAACUAAUCAGCCCACCAUCAAAAUAUGGAUACUUAAACUGAAUACUAUUUAACAAUUCUGGUCAUGGAUUCAGUUGACAAAAGCAGUCCUGAAGAAGGGUGUUGGCACAAAAUGUUGAUUGUUUAUUCAUUUCCCUGGGUGCUGCCUAACAUGCAGAAUUCUUCUAGUAUUUUGUGUGUGUUGCUUUGGAUUUCUAGCAUCUGCGGACUUUCUCAUGUUUAUUUUUUAAAUAUUUGAUGAAGAAGAUCCAACUUCAGAUACUGCGUAAUUACUGUUCAAUAACCUCCAUUCUUUCCCUGCAGACUGGAACAUCGGAACCAGAACAAUUCAAGUACUAAUGUAAGACAAGCAUUGUGUAAGUAGUUGUAGUUUAGUACACUCUGGUCAAGUUUAUUUGUAUAAUACUCCUACUGUAUUGUGGUAUUAGUUUGUGGAUGGUCUCCCUUCUGGCAAAAGUAAAAACAAGAUAGUAUUUGUAUUGAAGUGACAUGUGUGAUGCCAAGAUCUGCAAGGAAAGGAUAAGCAAAUUUAGUAAGCCAAAGUCAAAAAGCUUAAAGGCCCAAUUUCAAUAAAUAUCAUUGUAAUAGAAAUUUGCUGCUGAGAAUAUUGUUCCUAAGCUGCAUCUUUCAUGAACUUCAGGUACACCACCAUACAGGUACACACUUCCCCGCUGCAUAAAACUGCAACUCAUUACACACUUUUACCUACAUCAUUCAAGCUCUAUUGUUUUUCAUUUAGGAUCUUCAAAAAUGAAAUUCUUCCUCUCAUUCACAUUUUCUUCAUUUAAGACUUAUGCUUCUGAUGCCUGAUGCUCUUUCCCACAGAUACACUGGCCUGAUCAUCAACUACUAGCCUGUUUUUGUUCAAGCAUUUUGUUCCUUUGAAAAUAUUGCAAUAGUUGAUGCCAGAAUGUUUUCUUUUCAUCAUUUUGUCU